CAUUUCACAUUUCCAUCACGCGUGCUUUUUUUAUAGUAUAUUAGAAAAAUGGCUGACGUUAUGGAUGUAAACACUGAAAUUACAAACAAUAAAGAAAGUAAUGACACAAGAGAGACUGGAGCUGCUGAGCCAGUCACAGAAGUCAACAUCAGCCGAAAAAGAAGAAAUGAAAAAGAGAUUUCAAUGGAUACCGACGAUAGUGCAAAAAGACCUAAUUUUCCUCCAGUUAAUGCUGAAAUCACUAAUUCAGGAAAAGCAGAAUUUCGUAAGGUUGCUGUUCCUCCUCAUCGAUACACACCAUUAAAAGAAAACUGGAUGAAAAUAUUUACACCAGUUGUUGAACAUCUUCACUUACAAAUUCGAUUUAAUUUAAACAAAAGAAAUGUUGAAAUUAGGACAUGUAAGGAAACAAAUGAUCAAGGUGCAUUACAAAAAGCAGAAGAUUUUGUCAAGGCUUUCAUGCUUGGUUUUGAUGUUAAUGAUGCACUUGCUCUACUUCGGUUAGAUGAUCUUUUUUUGGAAAGUUUUGAGAUAAAUGAUGUAAAAACACUAAAAGGUGAUCAUUUAUCAAGAGCAAUAGGAAGAGUUGCUGGUAAAGGAGGAAAAACAAAGUUUACCAUUGAAAAUGUUACUAAAACUAGAAUUGUUCUUGCUGAUUCGAAAAUUCAUAUCCUUGGUUCAUUUCAAAACAUUAAAAUUGCUCGAACUGCAAUAUGUAACCUGAUAUUAGGCAGCCCUCCAUCUAAAGUGUAUGGCAAUAUGCGAGCUGUAGCUGCUCGCUCAGUUGAGAAAUUCUAAAUUUAACGAAACUUAUAAACUUGAUUUGUGUCGCAUGUAUUAUAUAUUUAAAUUUGUUACUUAACAAUAAAUAUAUUUUCAUUGUAUUAUUA